AUGAGACCAACGACAGGGAAGUCGACAAAACAACGCUUAAGAGAAGAUAUCGCUGAGCUCGACAAACAAUUAAUUGAAUCUGCAACAGAGCGGCCAGGAUCUGUCCAGCUCAACCUUUCUCAAAAUGCUAUACAAAACGAGUCUAAUUUGCGAUACCAAAAAAUAGACUCUCUUCGGACUUCAAAUUCAAGCCGUGAAGGAGCUUUAAAAUCGCAACUUUCUGAAACAAAAAUGCUGCUAAAAACACUCGAAAUGAAAAAAAUCCAAGAAAACCAAGCCAUUACUAAUCUUCGAGACCCUAAAGCUAAAAAGGUAGAAAGUUUAAAAGAAUUAAUACAGAAAAUGCAAGAAGAGUACCAUUCCUCGUCUACAUCAAAUUUUAAGAUGAAAAAACUAAGGGAAAGCACCAAUCAAGCUAACUCCCCCCCCAUCCUUGAUCGAACGAUUGACUGUAAAAAUUCCUAAAAAUUGGGGAAAUUAACCCCCCAUCCUUGAUCGAACGAUUUUCAUAUCAUUCAAAUUUUUAUAUAUAUAAAUAAAAUAUAUUAGUUAUCAAAAGCUUGGGAAGAUGUACAUAAUGAAGUUUUUUCAGAGGCUUUGAGACGACAGAAAGCUGUGGAAUCAACCAUCCGAAGUGAUUUAGCCAUCAGCCUAGGCUUAAAAACUCAAUAAUCUAAAAAAUAGAGAUUCUUUAAAUUUAAAAAAAAAAAAAAUUUUAAUUCAAUAAGGAACAAAUUAAAAGUUAUACAGUUUAAAAGGGUAACUAAUAAAUCAAAAUAUUAAAAAUUGGUAUUUUAUGAAAUUAAUUCAACUUUUGCUGUAAAAAUAAUUAUUAAAUACUCUUAACCCACUUAUUUAAAAGUAAAUAAAAAAAUAUAUAUAUAUAUUUUUUAUUUUAUAUAUAAAUUUUUUUUUCCAAAAAAAAAUUUUUUUUUAACCCCCAUCCUUGAUCGAACGAUGGCGAGUCGUUCGAUCAAGGAUGGGGGGGGAGUAAGCAAAAAGCUUAUCUUGAAACUAUGGCACCUUUAGAAUCUCAGCUGAAGCAUUUAGACGAAGAAGAAAAAAUGACUAGUGAUAGGAUAAUUGCUAUGAAUGAGGAGAUUAAAAGACUAGAAAAUAUGAUGGAAAUGAGCAAAGAAGAGUAUAUUUCAAGGCUUACACAGAGAGCGGAAUGUAUAGCUCAAAGAGAAGAAGCAGAAGAAGCUUUGGAAACUUUGAAAUUGGAGUAUGCAGAAGAAAUGGGGGUGAAUUUAGAAGGGAUUGAAAACUGUGUAACAAGUAGUGAAAGUUUGAAAGAAAAAGAAUACUAUCAGAUUCUAUUGGAUUGAAUAAAUAGUUACUAAUUAAUUUAAUUUGGAAAAUACAUAGUAAAUGAAUAUAUGAAAGCAAAAUCAAAGAAAUGGACAGCAAGCUGAAAAUAUUAGAAAUAGAAAUAGAAAACACGAAGAGAACAAAAGUAAACUGUAGAAGAAAUUUGUAUGAAGCUAUGGGGCUGAAUAAUUUAGAAGAGAUUGAAAAUAUUGAAGGGGUGAUAGAUGAGAAUUGCCAAGAUGCAGAUAUAAGCGGCUUAGGAGAAGUAAUCCUUGAUGUAAACUCUGCCAAUUCUUUUGAAGUCGAUGAAAAUAUUAUUAAACUUCAAUUGAUUGAAAUAGAAAAUAAAGAAAGAGUCUUUAAAGAAGAAUGGACCCUUAGAAAACAGUUGCUAGAAGAAAGAAUUCAGUUUUUCAAAGAAAACUCUGACUGAAAUGAAAUGAAAAAUAGCGAAAAAGAGCUUUUUCUUACAUUUAGAAAAUACAGAAACAGAUUUGCAGCGAUUUCCCAGUGAAAAUAUGAAGUUGAGCAAUCUAUAAAUCGUCGAGUCCAGUCAUCCCAAGUCUUCAUAUCAGACCGUGAUAUCUUAGACGAGUUCAAAAAUGAAGAGCUUUCCAAAAUAAUUGAUCCUUCAUAUAGAAAAUUCAUAGAAAACCAGCUGAUUUUAUAUAUACAAAAGCUUAAUUCCCGCGAAAAAGAAAUCUCAAAAAAUAUAAGCGCAAUACAAGACUAUAAAAGCAGUCUCCAAAAGCUUGAAAAAGACCUCAAUCUGAAAUCCAACCAAAAAAUCCAGUUUGAGUGCGACAAAAUAAUAGCACUAACUGAGCUUACUAAGCUGUAUAAGCAAGAAAAAAAGAAAAACCAAGAUAUUGAUAUAACAGAGUAUGAUGACGAAUAUAUUAUUAGGGAGCAUGCAAUAUCUCUGCAGAAAUUAAUAGCCCACUGAGACAAAUGCGCUAUUAGCCAUAAUAAUUAUAUAGAAAUGACACUAAAAACUGAAUUUAAAAUUACUGGGGAUCUGUUGAAUAAGUAUAUAAGAGAAACCAAAAAUCUCAAUGCAAAACUGAAUGAAAUUAGGGCUGAACAGAAAAAUGUAAAAGGGUUAAUUGAGAAUUUGAUUAUUAAACAGAAAAGAAGCAUGUAUGCUUCAUUAGAAGACUUAAAAAAUCCUUAUGGAAAUUCAGAAAAUAGACUUGGAGAGCUUAAUGAGCUUAUUGAUGAUAAAACUAGAGAGCUAGAAGAGGCUUUGUCUGAUCUGAAUAAAGUAGAUGAUGAGCAUUCAGAAAUUAUGCAUAAAAUUGAGGAAGAAGAAAAACAAUUAAAAGCUCAGCAAACCACAAUAGAAAAUGCAAUUGUAAAUAUCUAUAAGGAAAGAAUCCUUAUAGAGGAAUUCGAAAACCAGUUCAUAAAUGACACAGAGAGGACAGCUAGAUCACCUAUAGUCCGGACUCGGUCUACAGAACGCAACCAAAGAGCCAAGCAUCACCCACACGACUAUUCUUCUCACUCCCCCCCCCCCCUCUCCGUGAGCGAACAAAACCAUUAGAAAAAUCACCAUUUUUUGACCAAAAACCCACCCUCCGUGAGCGAACAAAAAUUUUUUUAAUAGAAAAAAUUUUAAUGGAAAAAAAUUUUGAUAUAUAAAGUGAUAAUUAGUAUAAUGAAAUCUAGAGCUAAUUCUGUUUAAUUUUAAACAAAUUGCGUUUUAAAACAUAAAUUUUGCAAAUUAAAUUAAUAUUUGCUUCCCAAUUUUUGCAAAUUAGGAUUUUUUUAAAUUUCGAAAAAAAAAAUUUUUUAUAAAAUUUAUAUAUAUAAAUUUUAUUUAAAAAAAAAAAAUUUAACCCCCCUCCGUGAGUGAACAAAAUUUUUUUGUUCGCUCACGGGAGGGGGGGGGGGGGAGUCAGAACCUUAUUCUCCCUAUAAAUUCUGUAAAAGAUCCUGAUUUCUAUCCUUAUGAGCUUAAGGAUACCAUGGAUGCUAGUAACUUACUCCCCCCUCUGUGAGCGAACAAAACCAUUAGAAAAAUUCCAAUUUUUUGCCCGAAAAUCCACCGUCCGUGAGCGAACAAAAAUUUUUUUAUAGAAAAAUUUUAUGGAAAAUAUUGAUAUAUAAGUGAUAAUUAGUAUAAUGAAAUCUAUAGCUAAUUCUGCUUAAUUUAAACAAAUUGCGUUUUAAGUAUAAAUUUUGUAAAUUAAAUUAAUAUUUGCUUUCCCAUUUUUACGAAUUAGGAUUUUUUAUAAAAUUUCGAAAACAAUUUUUUCUAUAAAAUUUAUAUAUAAAUAUUUUUUUAAAGAAAAAUUUAACUUCGUGAGCAAAACAAAUUUUUUUGUUCGCUCACGGAGGGGGAGCUAGGAGAAAUCCCCUUUGAAGUCUCCGAAAAAAUCCUUGGCAAGCAAGCCCAAUUAAUGACUGAAAGAGCUACAGGAAGCUCUGGCUUCUACCCAAUCAAAAAGAAAAAAUACUACAGAUUCCACCUUGAAGACACCUCCAUUUCAGAAAAAAAAUUUUUUGAAAGAAUUACCCCACUGCUUGAAGGGGCUGAAUUUUAUAAAAAAUUUUCCCAGCAAAAUUCCUUGAAAACCCAAGCAUUUGACCAGCUUGAUGCUAUUAAGCAUCCUCCUGAAAGCUGUGGUUAUGGAAUUCGGUAUUUCAGACUCCACAAGAGCUUGACAAGAAUCAAUGUAAGGCAGCCUCUUAAGCCUGGCUUUGAGUCCCAAAUCCAAAUCGAGCAAAUAAUUGCUCCAAUAAUCCCACAGAGCACCAGAAAUGUACUGAAAAUCCAGAAAAAACUGGAAAAUGAAAAUUUAGGCUCAGCAAAAAAUCUGGAGAUUGAGGAAACGAAAUCAAGGAGUCUUUGGGAUGUGCAGAGCGAGGUGUAUAAAGAAAGGUGCAAGCUAGUCAGUUUAGUUAUAACGAUUAUGCUGACCAUAAGUGGAUUUAGCCACUAGCCACCAUCCGCCUUGGGUCAAAGGCGGCCCUUUUGGAUUUUCCACCUAAACCACCUUUCCAGGGGAUCAGCUCCUUGGGGAGAGUCAUCAUCUGUGAGAUGUCUCGAUGGUCCCGAUGAGAGAACACAAUGUCGUAAGCAAAACCUUCGAGGAAAAACAAAAUUUCCCUUUUUGGAAAGGCAUCCCCAGCCUGAAGGCCUGCUUCAAAAAGUGGCAGAAGCCCUGUUUUCAGCUUCAUCAUGAUGUGUUUUACCUGCUCACUUUCCGUCAGCCUCACCAUUUUAUCCUAAAUGUGCAAGGAAUGCAAAUUUUACCCUUUUAGCAUUGCUUUGUCAACAGGUGGAAGAAUUGAGCUGAUCGCUAAGGAUUAUGCAAGCUUGAAAAAUUGGGUCAAUGGAAUCAAUGCGCUGGUCGGCUAUAAAAGUAAGCUGCUGAGGCUGAAAGGCAGAAUUGAGUCAUACACUUCUGUGUAA